AUGAAGAGGGCUACAUAUAGUAAUGCAGACGCUGUCUCAGAGACCAGUACUGGCAAAAACAGGAACCGGUUGAAGAAAGACGCAGUGUAUCAACUCAAACAUCCCUAUGGUGUACGAGAGGCUUCUUACAUCCUCAUUGAACCUGGUGACCCGACGACAGCAACAGGAACAGCUUUAAGAGGCCUCAUUUCACAGCGGUUGCAUCACUCCAAUCUAUGUCCGCAGGCUUUCCAGGAUAGAGACGGAGGAAACCGACAUAUCCUUGUUGUGGUAGACUUCUUUACGAAAAUGGUCGAUGCAGAAUCCAUGAAGGCACAAGACGCUAAAAUGACUGCCUCAAUUUUAUUCAAUCGCCAAAUUUGUCAACACGAAGUGCCAGAAAUGGUGCACACCAAUCAAGGCGCUAAUUUUGAAAACCAGCUCUUUACUAAACUAUGUAAGACCUACAGGAUUUCGAAGACACGCAUAACACCCGCGCAUCCACAAGAUAAUGGGCAGGUGGGUGAAUCGAAUCGCACUCUGAUGGGACUGCUGGAGGUUUUCGCUAAGGAUAUGCCACCACAAGAAGGUUUUGUGCCUUAA